GUAAACCAUGAGCAGGUUACAGAGCUGAGUGAUGGUUUGUUCAUUGGGUGCUCCAUGAACCACACCGUAGCCGAUGGCAGCUCCUUCUGGAGCUUCUUCAACUCGUGGGCAGAGAUAUCGAGGGGGGAUGGAAGUUCUUUAAAGAUCUCCCAGCAACCAGUAUUAGAGCCCUGGUUUCUUAAGGAUCGCCGCAUAGCCAUGAAUCUUUCAGAGGAUACCCUAGAAAGAUACUCCCCACCUCCCCUAACUGAGAGAUUUUUCCAUUUUAGCGCCCAAUCAAUAGCAUUGCUCAAGCACAAGGCUAACAUGCACAUAGAUGAGGAUGGAUCCGGCAAGAUCUCUUCAUUGCAGUCUCUAACAGCACUCAUGUGGCGAGCUGUGACACGGGCUCGUGGUUUCCCUCCAACCCAGACCACCAAAUGUGGGAUGGCCGCAGGGAACCGAUCAAGGUUGUCACCACCUCUAUCACCUGACUACUUCGGCAACUGCAUCCAGGCUAUUGCUGUGAGUACAACCGUAGGGGAGCUGCUCAGCCAGGAGCUUGGCUGGGCAGCAUCAAUGCUGCGGCAGGCUACACUGGGCCAUACAGAUGUGAGCGUGCGAGCCCAUCUCGAGGUUUGGAUGAAAGCACCCCGGCCAUAUCACCUUAGCAAUUUUGACCCUUUUAGUAUUGUGGUUGGGAGUUCACCCAGAUUCCCCAUGUAUCAGAAUGAUUUUGGAUGGGGGAUUCCCCUCGCGGUACGCAGCGGUAAUGCGAACAAGUUUGAUGGCAAAAUCUCUGCUUACCAAGGGAGGGAAGGAGAAGGAAGCAUGGACAUGGAAGUGUGUCUUGCCCCACAGGUCAUGACUGCCCUUGAAUCAGACCAAGAGUUUCUUGCAGCAGUUACAUAUCUGUAAAUGGUUGGAAACAAUGAAUCAAAACUAAGCGAGUC